AUGGCGCGCCUGCUUCCCAAGCUUGUUGCGGCAGGAAUCGGCUUUGCCGUGUGUCCCAACGAGAAUCUGCAGCUGCAAGGUCGUGGCCUUAGCGCUCCGGUGCCCCGUGGGGUGGCUCCCGUGCGCACACUUGCUGAUGCUGGUCUGCGCGUUGCCUUUGGUCAGGACUCGAUUGAAGACCCGUGGUACCCGAUGGGCGUAGGAAACCCCCUGAGGAACUUGGAUGCGGGACUGCAUGUGUGCCACAUGCUCUCUGGAGACUACUUGGCGAGCUGCCUGGACUUUGUCACGACCAACCCUGCACACAACCUCCAGCUCUACCCCGAUUAUGGUCUGGAAAAAGGUAAGCCGGCCAAUUUUAUUGUUCUCGACUGCCAGACGGAGAAGGAGGCCGUCCAAAGGCAGGCUUCCGUUCUGUUCUUUGUUCUCGAAGGGCGAGAGCUGUUUCGUGUACAGCCUGCGGUGAUCAACUGGUGCAUCUAG